GCGAGCGCACGUGCUUUCCGACCGUCCGAUCGGAAAUUGACGGUCCAGGAAAAGCGGCCGCUUGUGCGGAGAGCUAACGGGCCCCGUAAGCAGCAGAUAGCUCUUGGGCUUUGGGCUUGGGCCGAACGGAACAGAUGCCUCUCGUCGCGUGCACCGACGGCGGCGAGGCGGGGACUUGGACGCCGCCGUUCUGCACCAUCGUGGCGGCCGACACGUCGGACUUCUCCUACCUCUCCUGCCCGCGCUGCGAUCUCGCGCUCCCGAACGGCGCCGCCUCCUGCUUCGCCUGCGGCGGCGGCCAGCCCGCCCCGGCCCGCGUCUACCGCCUGCUCCUCUCCCUCGCCACGCACGACCGCGUCGUCCCCGUCGUCCUCUUCAACCGCGCCGCGCGCACCCUGAUGGGCUGCCCCGCCGACGAACUCGCGCGCUUCUUCGCCGCGCACCCGGGCUCGGCCCGCGCCGCCGCGGAGGCGCUGCGCGGGGAGAUGUGCCGGGUGGUGCUGCGCGCGCCUGCUGCCAGGAACAAAAGGAGCGCCGGCGCCGCGGACGAGCGAUUUCGCGCCGUCUCCGUCGUCCCGCUUCGCGACGGUUUCCGCCCGGUUGUCGACGCCCUCAGGACGAUGUACCCGCGCUGCAGCUGAUGCUGAUGCUCCUCGACUCAUCGUUGCCGUCGUACCACCAUGGCACACAGUGGCAUGGGAUAUAGAGGAGAGCUGCCUGUUGUAUUAAAAAGGAGGGGCAAAAACUAGAGUACAAAACUGGAACAAGCAACAAAACUUUACACUGAGGCCACAUGGAUGCAUCUGCAGGAAACUAGAUUCUUUAGAUCUAGCCCCCCUCGAUCAUACUGAUCCAAUAGGUAAUACAUGCAGUUUAACACAUUCCAGAAAACUUUCUUCACCAGUUACUAUCUGCACAAGAGAUUAUGUUUGACAGUAGAAUAUUGUAGUAAACCUUAAUAAAAAGAUGCUACCACCUUAAUAAAAAGAUGCUACCGAAACGCAGAGUAUUUGUUUUAUCAGUUAUCUUGUUUGAGCACUGCAGAUUGCUGAAUCAAGUGUGAUCGGUCCAAUUCAAUCCAGUUCUGAAGACCAACUGAACAGCAGUUGGGUCGGGGGGGUUUCAGGCCAUUGCAUCGAGCUGAACAGUCAGAAACUGAAGCUGAUCAUUCACCUUCAGAAUUCAGAAAGGCAUUCUGUGCGCUUGUGACGAUGAGCUCUGAAUCUCAUGAUUGGCCCUCCUGUGCUGCCUGUGACGAUGAGGACGACGCCAAGGAGCAGCCGUGCAGAUGCAUACUUCGUCAAUAGUUGAGCUUCAAGAGUUUGUCCUCGACUUUAAGCUCUGCCGCUUUCAGUACAAUCUAACUUUUUUUUAGCAGUCGUACAAUCUAAGGUGCUGUUUAUUUCCAGCGACUUAUUUUUAGUCCCUGUCCCAUCAAAAGAAAUUUUACUAUUUAGAAGUAUCAAAUAAAAUUUAUUUAUAAUUUUUUUUGACA